UCUUGGCUGUUUUCCCUCCCCUCGUGUUGUCAUCGUUAUGUGUACGCAUUUGUUAUUGCAAAAAGCUCUCUGUAAUAUUUGCUCUUAAUUUUUGAUUGUUUUUUGGUUUGAUGUGGAAAUGAAACGAAUUUACGGCAUCAAUUAAACACACAACUUAAGUGGAAACAGCAGCUGCACCCAACCGCUGCACUGCCUCCGCUCCGCUCCGCUCCGUCAUGCCACAGCGCUGCCAGUGACAGAGUGUAAGAUAGAGUGAUAGAGUGAUAGAGAGAGAGAGAGAGAGAGAGCUGCCAAAAGUGAAAACGUUCUGGAAAAGCAGCGUGAAAAUCGCAAAGGCAGAAAAACUCACAGCCAGUGCAAUGUCAACAGAAAGCAAUACGCCCGUCGAUCCGCGUGUCCAGAUUGAGCUGGAGAAACUGAAUUCUGCAACGGACAACAUCAAUCGAUUCGAAGUGGAACUCGAUGAGUCCAAGUGCGAGUUCAAGCGUCUGCUGGCGGAGAGUGUGGUGCGCAUCAAGGCGGCCGCCCACAAGCUGGGAAACUCCAUCGAUGCCGCCAAACCGUACUACGAGUCGCGCAUCUAUGCCGCACAGCUGGCCAAGGAGACGCAACAGUCGGCGGCCAAUCACGAGAAGGCCAAGUCCAUUCAUGCCGCCGCCAAGGAGAUGGUAUACUUGGCCGAGCAGGGACUCGGCGAGAAGUCCACCCUGGAUACGGCCUGCCAGGAGAUGCUCAGCCAUGCGGCAAGCAAAGUGAAUCAAUCCCAGCUGGAGGUCACCGACACACGCAAUGCCCUGAAGAUGUGCCAGCUGAAGCUGGAGGUGGCCAACAAUCGUGUGAACAAGCUGCAGGGACAACUCAAGCAGGCGCUACGUGCAUCCAGAUUGCAGCUCAAGCGCAAUUUACUUUUGUUGAGAUACUUUAGCAUUAUGCACGCCCUGCACUGUACCUUGUGUUCGCCCUACUACGAGACGCGUGCAAACUACAACGGACUGCUGAAGGCCCAAAAGCUGCGGGUCAACGAGCUGGAGGCAAAGGUCAGCGCCGCCAAGCUCACCUACAACGAGGCCCUGAAGAAUCUAGAACAGAUCUCCGAGGACAUCCACCGACAACGACAGCAGCGCAAUAAUCUCCUCAACUACGAGGCCAUGCUACGGCAGGUGGACACAGUGGAUGCCCUGUCUGGCGGUGGAAUGCAGAAUGCCAGAGGCAGGGACAGAGACAGGGACAAUGAUGACAAUGAUGCGGAGGUGGAUCUGGAGGAGGAGGAGGAGGAGGACUAUCUGCGUAUGCCCGAUCGUCUGGGCAGUGCGGGCAGUCCGCCGCGUCAGUGUUUAAGCGAUCCGCACGACUGUCCCCAUCUGCUGACAGACUUUGAGGCUGUGCUAACGUUCCCCCAGAAGCUGGCGGGCGGCAUGCACAAAUCGGCCAGCACCAGCGCCACGGAUGGCGACACCAAUCUGUUCUCGGUGCAGGCCCAGGGACUCCAUGCCCCCUACGAGGUGAAGCAGCGCUCGGAGUGCGGCAGUGGCUCGCUGGGUGGCUCGGCCUCGGCAUCGGCCUCAGCAUCGGUCUCGGGAGCACCGGGCGACAACGACAUUGAGCAGUGGACGGAGAUCCGGUUGUCCCACUCGGACAGCACCAGUUCCAGCUACUCGAAUCAAUCGCUGCUGGAUCAGCACGGCCUCGAGGGUGCCGGUGGCUGUGGCGGUGGAGGAGGCGGCGGCGGCCUGGGAUACGGCCUGGGCCGUGGCGGCGGCGGCUUCGAUCCGGAUGUCCUGUCACAGCACUCGGGUUCGUCCUCAGACGAGCCCAGGCGAAAGGUGACCUGCACGACGAUAUUCCAGGACGACAGCAGCCACUCCGCCAGCGGCGGCGGCCAGCAGAUGAGCCGCAAGCAGAGCCUCAGCCAGUGGCUGUCGCGCUCGAACAGCUUCAAGAGCAACGGCCGGAGGCAAAGCCUGGAUCUGUUGAUCGAUGCGGGGGACAAGGUGAAGGAUGUGUUUAGCUACGGUUUUCAGAAGGUGGGCCGCAGCCUGGAGAGGCGCAACAGCGAAUCGGAGAUGGCCGCCAGCGAAGCCGGCGGAGCCGAAGCGGAGGCGCUACUGGGCACAACGACGACGACGGGAAUGUCAUCCACGGGCAGUGCGGGAGGAGGCAGCACCAGUGGAGGUGGCGGCGGCGGCGGCGGACCUGGUGACUUUUUCCUCUUUAGCAGAUCGUCAGAGCCUAAAGAGUUACUAUCCGAUGAGCAGGUUGAGAAUUUACUAUUAAAUCAUACGGUGGACGAGCACGGUGCUAUAAUAGUGGAAGAACUUAAAUCGCCAACAACUACAACAACAACAACAAGCAUGCAUCACACACACCAACAACAACAACAACAACAGCAGAAACAACAUCAUCAAGCUCUUAAUGUGGUAGGUGCUUUGUUGUUCUAAAAACGAAAUGUUAGUGAGUCUCGCCGACAGCGAGAUACCCUUACUAAAUCAUACACACAAACACGCAUACACAAACACAUAUUAAAUUAUGGCAAAAUUUUUACUCUAUGAGUAUUUUGGUGGGCAUCGACCUGAAAAGAAACGAAAAACAAGAAAAAAACAAUUAGUCAAAAAGUAGUACAUAUCAUCAAUUCGAAAAACCAAAUAUACUAGUGGGGAGGAACCCCAACCGACCCAUUCAGGAACCUUUUACACGCAUAGUAUACACACUCACACGGACACACAAACUAUGUUCUAAUCCUAACAAAAAAAAGUAAAAAAUGUGCAAUAAUUUUUGUGUUUAUUUAGAGGCAUACGAAAAUAUAAGAUGGUUACAUUUUAUGCUGUUUACAAUAAGCAAAAUAACUAAAACGCUAGUCAAAACAAACAAAACAAAACAAAACGAAAUCAGUUACAAUGUUUUUAGUGUGUAUUAGCUAAACAUUCAGCAUAAGGAUACAAAAAGAGAAGACAAACAACCAGUAAUACUUACAAAUAAUAAUUGUACAAAAUAAUGUUAUUUGUGGCGUAUGCAGGAAGCGGACUGGUAGCGACUAUAUACGAAUUUCCUUUAUCGAAAGAUUGAAUUUUAGAAAUAACAUAUUCUAGUAUCUGUUUCUUAUAUGUAUAUGUAUAUGUAUGUAUCUAUUCCAUUCAUUUUCUGCCUACGCCACUGAAUGUUACAUACAUAAAUACAUUUAUUGAUACCUGCAUUACAAUUAUAUGAAGAGUAUUCAAAAAAUCGGUGUGUUUCAUUCAAAUGGGUAACAAUGCAAUUACCUUUAAAAAUAACAGUGAUUGAU